AUGACAGAAAUCGAGGCCGACGUCGCUCACAGUACCGCCGACGAGGAUCAGGCUAAGGCCUCUGGCUCCUCCGCACAGCGAUCAAAGGAACGCAGGGCGGAGUUCAUCCGUCAAGCCUCACAGCCGUUCGUCAGAAGAAGUCGAUCCAGCUAUAAACGCAAGCCAUCUACCGAUAAGCAGCCGUCAGCGCAAUCGUCCACGGACACAGAGCAGCUAAGCCGUUCGAUCGACGGCAUCGACGAGGCGGAAAGUGAAGAUGCUCCUGACGCGGACAUAGAUGACGAAGGGCCCAUUUUGCACACCCGAUGGCUGCGCUCCCAAGACUCUGGCAAAGGAUGGGAAUCCUUCUUGGUCAAAGACAGCCGCAUUCUCGAAGCUGCCUGGAAGAAUUGGACCGAACAGAAUGGUGGCAAUGUCGAGCUACCCCAGCUUCCAGAGUCGGAUGGCAAGGUCAAAGCCGGAGAGGUCAAGGAUUCCAUAGACGACUGGGAGCCAACAGAUCCUGACGCGGAGAGCGUUGCUCACAGGGUUGCUGUGGGGGUCGAUCGACUCUAUGAUGCCGACAUCAGCAAGUUUCAGAUUCGCCCCGCAUUCUGGAAAGGACCUUCCCUGCGCAUAACACGCGCCAGCUGGUUCUUCGAGUCCAACAAGCUCUCACCCUGCUCGACAGCUCUUGCGGCCGAGCUUGAAUCCCACUUCCAGACACUGCGACCAUGGCUCUCUUCCUACACCGACGAGCUCAAGUCUUCUGUCUCUCUUGGUGCUGAGGCCGAGGCCAAGCUGAAGUGCGACCUCAAGACGCUCAAAAACAGCUACGUCAUCUUCCAGGGCCCACGACUCGCUCGUCUCUAUCAAGAAAGCUUCUCCAAUCGCCUGUCCAAGCAAUUCUUCACCGCUUGGACUGGCGAGCACAGCGGAGGUCAGCUUCUCAUCCGUGGAUAUCAGACACAAGCGCAGCUCACCGAAGCCAAGCGCGACAACUCGGCUUCCAAAGCAGCUUCACGGCGUUCCAAAGCUCAGAGACAGUCGUUCUCGUCCGAGAAGCAGGCGCCUGCAACUCAAGAUGCUGACGGAGGCGCCGCAGAACUUGAGAGCAAGCUAGCAGAGGCGCUGCAAGACGGCGACCACGGCGACCCAGUCGUCGUUGACGAUGCCGAGAUCACCGACGUCAAAAUUUCGGACGAGCAACGUGAUAAAGAGGGAUUGAUUACCACAGACAGCAACAACGAGCUCCAGGUUCUGAGUGCAAGCCCCUCGCAACCCUCCUUGAACAUCGACAAGACCCACAUUCAAGCUACACCGCCCAAUGCUGGAGCAAAAGCCACUUUACGAACUCUGUCGGUCAUGGCAGCCGGAGGAGUAGCGUCUCGUUCGGCGCCUGCCAACGAGCUGCUGCGCUCGGUUGCAUCUAGGCUUGGCGUCUGGAAUGGCGACGAUGCCUCUUCUUCGUCGACGGACAACACCCUCGCUUCUGACUCGCAAAAGGAGCCCGGAUCAGUGACGCCGUCUCUAGAGGACAACAUUCGCGAAUCGUUCAAGGAAGCCCAGCGCAGAGUGCAAGGCGAUCUACCGGCGCCGACAUCGGAAGCAGCACGUGUUUCUACCGAUACAGCCCGAGAGAACCAAGACGAAGACGUCCGAGCAGAUCGGAACGAAGUCGACUGGGACGACCCGGAUGCUUUUGACGAGGAGCAAGAACGAGUCGAAGCGAAAGCGGAAAGCGAACGACCGCCCGAGCUUUUGCUCGCUAUCCAUGGGAUCGGACAGAGACUGGCCGGUGAAGGAUGGAAGAGCUUCGAUUUCACGCUCGCCAUCAACACCUUCCGCGUCCUUCUGCAGACUCGGAUCGACACGUCUAAGACCCCCAGCGAGAUUGGCGGUCGCGGUCUGAAAGGACUGGCCGCCAAACGUCGCGUUCAGAUUCUACCCGUACUUUGGCAGACUGGCUUCCAUCGGAUGGAAGAAGACGACGAGAAAUGGGCAGAUCACAACUCGGAUGCCGAGGAUCAAGACUCGAUGAUGUACGACAACGGCGUCGAGCUCGAGAUGGAGCACAUCUUUGGAGACGACGGCAUUCCGAUCGUUCGUACACUGGUCAAGGAUGUCUUGAUGGACAUCCCCAUGUACUUGUCGCAGCACAAGGCGCACGUCAUCCGAUCGGCGACGCUCGAGGCCAAUCGACAGUACCGCCUGUUCGUCAAGCGCAAUCCUGACUUUGAGGCCAAGAAAGGCCGAGUCCACAUCGUCGCCCACAGUCUCGGCACCGUCAUCUCGUCGGAUCUGCUGUCUCAGCAGCCGAACAACGUACCCCUCGUUAAAGAUCUGAGCCGUCAACAAGUCCAAGAAGCAGCGAAUCAGCAUCUCUUGUUCAACACGCACAGCUUCUUCGCGGUGGGCGCUCCCAUAGCCCUCUUCUUCGUUCUGCAUCGUGCGCAGCUCAUCGCUCGUAGUGGUCGUGUCCGCUCAAGUCGCUUCGUACAAGACAAGCCCGGCGUGACACUGGAUCAAGCAGGUCAGUAUGGCUGUCUUGCUGUCACCCAGUUCUACAAUAUCUGGAACCAGUACGAUCCGGUGGCGACGCGGGCUACUCCAUGCGUCGAUGUGCAGUACGCAAAGCUGCUCAAGCCCGUGCCGCUCAACAAAGCCAUUCGCAGUGUUCUCCGAGCCGAUGCGGAAGCAGACAACCACGACAUCGCCGAAGAUGGCGGAUCGCAGUCGUUUGGGUCGGGUAGAGAAGGAGACUCGGACUCCGGCAUCGCCAAGCGCAAAGCGGCAGCUGCCAAACGGACCAAGGGCUUCUUUGGGUCUUGGAGCAAGAAGGCGGGCGAAGCAGCCAAGACCGUGAAUCAAGCACGACUAGCAGCGAAUUCCAUCGCAAAGGCGGCUGCCGAAGGCGAUGGCGACCAGACUGGCGACGAGAGCGUCCCUCGGUCCAGUAUGGACGUUUCGGAUACGGACGAAAGCAAAGGAUCGCGUCAAGUCGAAGACCUUCGCUCCAAGAUUGCCGCCAAAGCGCGCGAGGAAGAGAAGCGCAAAGUGGAGCGCGACCGCAUCGCCGACGAAGACAGGAAGAAGGGCAUCAGCGACAAGCGCAAGGCGAGAGCGGAAGCCAGGCUGCGAGCCCUCAACCCGCUCCAUCGGAUCGAUUAUUACAUGCCAGUGGAAGGAUACAGCCUGCUGAGCUCGAUCAACCAGUAUGCAGAGCUCAUGACGGCGCACAUGAGCUACUGGACCAAGGUUGACUUUGCCGACUUUCUCAUCACCCAGCUCAUGGCCGACAAUGAUCGUUUGGAAAGGAGUCUGGACUAUCGUGACGUCGAGGGAUGGGAAUGA